GGGCCAGGAUCUUGGUUUACUCCGCAUGUCAUUACGGUGAACGCUGGAGAGUUUGGAUUGAGAAGAAAUGGAUCAUAGCAUAGUUGACACUGCAAUGACUUCAAGAAAACGUAAAAGAGAAGAGUAUAAGAAGAUAAUCUUAUUAGCUGCUGCUUGUGUUGUUCAUAUGGUCAUUGGUGUAGUGACAUGGUAUCAUAAUAACUAUUUUGUUAAGGAACCAACCCGUAAUUGGGAACUAGAACGUCACAGCUUCCUUAAUCAUCUUUAUAGAGGAACAAAUAAAGAUUGCAUUGAACAAUUGAGGCUUAGUAAAAAUGCAUUUUUUAACCUUUGUAGAAUUUUACAAGAAAAGGGUGGAUUAGUAAGAACAAGAAAUGUUCCAACAACUGAAGCAAUAUCAAUGUUUUUACAUAUCCUUGCUCACAACCUAAAAUAUAGGGUAGUGCAAUUUAGUUAUUGUAGAUCUAAAGAAACCAUAAGUAGGCAAUUCAAUGAUGUCUUGAGAGCGGUAAUGAAAGUGAGCAAAGACUAUUUGAAUUUUCAACCCUGUACUUUAGAAGGUGCGGAAGCAAACAAGUGGAGAUGGUUUGAGAGAUGUAUUGGAGCACUUGAUGAGACUCAUAUUCCGGUUACAGUUUCUCCUGAUGAGAGACCUAGAUAUCGUAAUAGAAAGGGUGAUGUCUCUACAAAUGUGUUAGCUGCUUGUGGUCCGGAUUUAAGGUUUAUUUAUGUGUUACCUGGGUGGGAAGGGUCUGCAGGAGAUUCUCGAGUAUUACGAGAUGCAUUACGUCGUCAAAACAAACUUGAAAUUCCAACUGGUAAGUAUUUUCUUGUGGAUGCGGGAUAUACCAAUGGUCCGGGAUUUUUAGCACCAUAUCGAGGGACUAGAUAUCAUCUCAAUGAGUGGAUUGGAAACACCCCUCAAAGUUAUAAGGAGUUAUUUAAUCUUCAUCAUCCAAGUGCCCGAAAUGCAAUAGAAAGGUUGAAUAAGUGA